AGCUGAAGACAGACAGACACGGAGGGAGUUUAGAUACAUCUGAAUAAAUGCCGUGAACAUGGGCAAUGCAACGUGUGCCUCAGAUACUUUAAGAGUCGCCGUUCUUGUAGCUUGUUUACUAUGGGGUGCCUCUCUUGGCAAAGAGUCUGGGUUUUCCCGACCUUCUUCCAAACUGGAUGAUAUGGUGGAGUUCCAGCGAUAUGAUGGCUGGUAUAACAACAGGGACAACCCUAAGUGGGGAGCACCAGGCAGUACACUUGUCCGCCAACUCCCAACCGCAUACGCAGAUAGCUCCUACGAUUACUCGGGGCCUGAUCGGCCACACCCCCGGGACAUCAGCCUUGCCAUGAAGGGACCCAGCGGGCUGGCCUCCUAUAUGAACAGGACAGUGAUGUUGCCUAUAUUUGGCGAGGUAAUAGUGAUGGAGACGAUGAAAUCCGUAGGUGCACACUGUCCUAUAGAGCUGGACCCUAUCCGCCUCCCUAAGUGUGACCAGGAGUACGACCCGAACUGUACAGGAAAGGUGGUCAAUUCGUUCUUGAGAGCCAAGUAUGACAACAAAUGGACGGGACGGUUUCCUGGGAGACCUAGAGAACAGAAAAACGCCUUGACUAGCUACAUAGACGGGAGUUUCAUCUACAGCAAAAAGAAGGCGUGGGCGGACUCUUUACGCUCCUUCCGUGGAGGGAAACUCAAAUCCCGCGACCAGGGAAAAUUCCCACCCUACAACACCGUCAACCUGCCUUUUCUCAACCCCCCACCGCCCCGUGAACACAAGUUACUCCCGAGAAAACGAAUGUGGCUCUUGGGUGAGGUGAGAUCCUUCCAGCAUCCGGGGAUAUUGACAUUCGGUGUUCUGUUCUUCCGCUGGCAUAAUUACCUGGCCGACAUGUUCCACAAACGACAUCCGGAAUGGGACGACGAGCAGCUGUAUCGGGCAGCCAGGAGGCGGCUCAUUGCCACGCUACAGAAAAUAGCCAUGUACGACUUCUUCCCUGCCUUCACUAAUGAAACAUUGCCAAAAUACACAGGAUAUAAUGACAUGAUAAACCCCGGGAUUUCCCACGUAUUUCAAUCUGCCGCCUACCGCUUUGGACAUUCUAUUUCACCGGCCGGAUUCUACCGCAGAAACAGAAAUUGUGAAUUUUACAACACCACCACUGUCACCAAGUUUACCGGUUACCCGGGGUUGCGUCUGUGCAACUCAUAUUUCGUGUCUGAUGAAUCUAUGGAAUUCGGCUUGGAACCAAUGCUGCUGGGAAUGUCGUCUCAAAUCACAGAAAGAGAGGACCACAUCCUUGUGGACGACCUCCGGGGUAAACUAUUUGGUCCACUCCACAAUUCACGCCGUGACCUAGCCAUGAUCAAUGUUCUACGUGGACGUGACAAUGGUUUGCCAGACUACAACACGGCAAGGCGUGCCUAUGGUCUGCCGGUUAUCACGGAUUGGAGAGAUAUUAAUCCCGAGCUGUACAAUAAGACUCCAGAGGUAAUUGAGAAAAUAAAAUCUGUUUAUGGCGGGAAUCUGGACAACCUUGACCUGUGGGUGGGCGGUCUGUAUGAGAGCCGGCCAUCUGGACCCGGACCUCUCUUCAUGGAGGCCAUCAGGAAUCAGUUCAUCCGGAUCAGAGACGGCGAUCGAUUUUGGUUUGAGAAUCGAUUGAAUGGGUUGUUUACAGACGAGGAUAUAGAUGAAAUCAUGAACACGACACUGUAUACUAUCAUGCUCAAGGUGACGGAUAUACAGCCAGGUGAAGUACAGGAGAACGUGUUCUUCUGGCAUAAUGGCGACCCGUGUCCGCAGCCGAAGAUGCUUGAAGCGUCUGACAUGGAGGAAUGUGGGCCUAACCAGGUGUACGAUUAUUUCCAAGGGAGUGAGGUGCCUUUCAUCCUGAUCGUAUGUAGUUUGAUAGCACUGCCAAUAGUGUGUGCCGUGCUGAUUAAGAUCCUGUUGAUUUGCCGUCGUAAGGAUCAUAGGAGAAAACAGGCCAUCUACUAUAUCAAUGAUAAGCCUGCACUAAUCUUAACCCCUCGCCCUCUUGCUAGAGCCGCUAAGAAAAAAAGUAUUGAGCGCCUGCAAAACGCUGAGCUUGCGUUAGAAUACAUUGACCCAAAGAGCAGGCGCUGGGUAAUAUUAGAUGUUCAGGAGAGCACAGAAGGUCCGUUUGUCCAACUAUUCGACACCAAGGGGACACAGCUUCGUCAGAUCGAAAUUCAAAAAUUCGCCCAGUUGAAGCAGACGAUCUCCAGUGACCACGGUAAAAAGGCGCUGUUAUUGCACGUUCCUCACGAAUAUGACCUGGUUUUGUACUUCGAAAAGCCAGAGGAUCGAAACUUUGUGACUCAGUUACUUCACGACGUCGCUGAAAGGCAUGAUAAGCGUUGCAUUGAGGACUAUAAACCAUUCAAUAAGAUGCUUUCUUGUGCUGAAACCAAAGCGAAAAGAAACGUCAAAAUUGAGAAGUUUUUGCGAGACGUUUUUGAAAAGUUAUUUCGAACCGAUCAUGGUCACAGCCACGGAGGUAACAAAGUGAAGGGAAGGAGAAUUGAGAGAAAAGAGAUGGAGCUUCUGGCCAUGGAGAUCACGAAGGAAGAGCUAGGUGAGGCGCUGUCACUUCAGAUGAAUGCUUCCUUCUUGGUCGAUGUCUUCAGGAUCGCGGACCCCCAGAACCACGGCUACAUCACGCUCCAGGAAUUCGUAGAUGUAUUGAUCAUACUUUCAAAAGGCUCAGACGACGAGAAGCUGACAAUGAUGUUCCAAAUGUACGAUCACACUGGAAAAGGCUUUGUGAAAAAAGAGGAUUUAUUUAACGUUGUGAAAAGCAUGGCGGAUAUUUCAGACUCUCCAAUUCAAGCAUACGAGAUACAGGAACUCCUUGACUCAAUGUUUGAGACUGCUGGCCUCCGCGGAAAAACCUUUCUUGACAUCAAUGAAUUCCGUCAAUUGUUUGCCAAAGUAAAAGGAAAAAACGUGCGAGGUCGCCUAUUAUCCGGAUUUGAUCCGAUCGCCAAGGGCGUGUCUCCUAACAUUUCUAAUAUCACUCGCCAAAGUGACAAGAAAAGUGAAACUAGCCUCAAAGUGGAUGUCCUUGAUGUAUCAACAUCGCACAAUGCAGCGGAUGAGAACCCGAUCUAUAACGCCUUGCUGGAGCUGCAGACCCACAUGGAGAAUAACUACCUGAACAUCAUAUACCUCAGUUUCUUCUACUUGAUUGCAAUCGCCCUCUUCAUUGAGAGGUCUUACCGCUACGCCAUCGAGUUUGAGCAUGCCGGUUUGCGGCGUAUGGUGGGACAUGGUAUCACACUGACCCGGGGGGCGGCCUCCGCCAUGUGCUGGACCUACUCAGUACAGCUGUUAACAAUAAGCAUGGCGGAUAUUUCAGACUCUCCAAUUCAAGCAUACGAGAUACAGGAACUCCUUGACUCAAUGUUUGAGACUGCUGGCCUCCGCGGAAAAACCUUUCUUGACAUCAAUGAAUUCCGUCAAUUGUUUGCCAAAGUAAAAGGAAAAAACGUGCGAGGUCGCCUAUUAUCCGGAUUUGAUCCGAUCGCCAAGGGCGUGUCUCCUAACAUUUCUAAUAUCACUCGCCAAAGUGACAAGAAAAGUGAAACUAGCCUCAAAGUGGAUGUCCUUAAUGUAUCAACAUCGCACAAUGCAGCGGAUGAGAACCCGAUCUAUAACGCCUUGCUGGAGCUGCAGACCCACAUGGAGAAUAACUACCUGAACAUCAUAUACCUCAGUUUCUUCUACUUGAUUGCAAUCGCCCUCUUCAUUGAGAGGUCUUACCGCUACGCCAUCGAGUUUGAGCAUGCCGGUUUGCGGCGUAUGGUGGGACAUGGUAUCACACUGACCCGGGGGGCGGCCUCCGCCAUGUGCUGGACCUACUCAGUACAGCUGUUAACAAUGUGCAGGAACACCAUCAAUGCACUGAGGGGCACUGUAGUGGCGGCAUAUAUCCCCUCUGAUGUACACGUGUUCACUUUCCAUAUGAUUGUAGGGUGGACUUCGUUUGGAAUUUCGGUCUUCCAUUUUGUUGGUCACAUGUUCAACUUCUACCAUCUUACCAUUCAACCGCCGUUUUUCGUGAAGUGCGUCUUUUCCAAUACCAUUUAUUACAGUUCCACAUUUCUCCAUACGUUCCAGUUCUAUUUGUUGGGAACAGUGACGGGUAUGACAGGAGUAUUGUUAACAGGUGUGAUGGGGAUCAUGGCGGUGUUUGCGUUGCCAUGGGCACGCCGGAAGUUGUACAACAUCUUCUGGAGAGUUCAUAAGCUCUACAUCAUCUUGUAUGCGCUUAUCAUAUUGCAUGGAAGUGCAGUGCUUGUUCAGGAGCCUUGGUUUUAUUUUUUCUUCUUGGGACCAGCUUUGCUCUUUGUCCUGGAUAAAACAGUCAGCCUAAGCAGGUUUUCCCAUCCAGUGGACGUCAUACGCUCCGAUAUAUUACCGUCUGACGUGACAUUUCUUGAGAUCCACAAGCCAACAGGGUUCAGUUUUAAAGCCGGGGAGUGGAUACGACUUGCCAUCAAGGGGUACAACGAAUUCGAGUACCACCCGAUCACCAUCGGCUCGGCACCGCACGAGGAAACGCUGAAGGUUUACAUCGACGGUCCCUUUGGCAGUGCGUCCCAGGAUUGGUCUAACUAUGAUGUCACUGUGAUGGUGGGGGGCGGGAUCGGCGUGACGCCAUUUGCCUCGAUCCUGAAACACAUCAUUUUCCUGGCCCAGACCGAUGGAAGGAUUAGCUGUACUAAGAUCUACUUUGUGUGGGUGUCAACCGACCAGCACCAGUUUGAAUGGAUGAUUGAUAUCAUACGAGAGGUAGAGGAACACGACCUGCAGGCUCUGGUCCACAUCAGUCUGUUUAUUACACGCUUCUAUAAGAAAUAUGACCUCCGCACAUUGCUAAUGUAUCUGUGCGAGAGACACUUCAUCCGUGUAUCUGGUCGCAGUCUACUGAUGGGACUUCAGUCUCCACUGUACUUCGGCCAUCCGAACUUUGACUUACUUCUGAAAAGUGUGGGAAAGAAUCAUAGCUCGGUAAAGAGAAUAGGCGUGUUUUCCUACGGACCACCUCAAAUGGUGAAGUCGGUGGCCAAGGCCUGCUUUGAGAGAAACAAGACAUCCAAGAUGAUAUAUGAGCAUCAUGAAGAGGUUUAUUAA